AUGACCCGGAGUGAGAAGGAGAAGGUUCGAAGGAUCUGCACCCCUAAGUCUACGACGGGACGUCUUGAGGUACCUAAGGAUAUUCAUGAGAUGUGGAACUCGGAGAAGGGACGGGAGAAGUUGCUAUCCCUUUGGUGCAAGUCAGGUGGUCUCAAGGUAGUCUUUGUGGAGCGCGUGGAGAUUUUGAGCAUUACUACCAAGACCAAAACCUUGGAGGUGAAGGGUGGGUUCUACAGUGUGGCGGACAUGAAGGAAGAGCUGAAGUACAGCCAGGAUCGAAUCGACAAAAUCAUCAAGUGGGCAACCGCUCGAGGACUCUGCCGGUUGUGUGAAUACGACGAGACCACGAUGGAGUAUUGGGUCAACACGCGUACUGAAGGGUCACUGAAGAGGGAGGACGUGGAACGUCUUUCCCGAAAGAGAUCCUUUGAGCAGGACGCAGAGCUGGAUGACUUCCCAACCAUGGACAUGAACCCCGGGGGUUUUGAAAACUUAGGCGCAGCUGGAAACUUGACACUGGAAGGUGAUGCACACAAGACUGCACCAGGCAAGCUUCCUGACACUAUGAAGGGUGUUUUGAAGAGUAUGUCAAGCCUUACCAACACCAGUGACAAGCUUCGCGAUCUAGCAAAGGUCGACACAUCCUGUGCUACGCCCCUUGUACUAAUUGUGGUCUCCUGCAGUUCAUGA